CUAGUAGUACUUUAUUUGAAGCAGUUUAAAGAAGUUGUUGAGUUGGUCUAGGAAUGAGAUGAAAUUUUGACUUACGGGUGUAUAGGGUUUUCCUGUUAUAAAAAAAAAAAAAGAUGAGGUCCACACUAUGUAUGCUUGUGUGACUUUGGAAUAUACAUUGUUCAAGAUGGGGCAUGGUAAUACCUUAGUUGGAACAGUUUCUCUGGUAGUGCUGGGCUGGUCUAGGAAUGAGAUGGGGUUGGACUUUUCGAAGUAAGUUAUGUGUAUGGAGUUUUCUUGGUGUGAAAUUUUGCGAACAAAGAUGUGGCCCGCUUUGCUUUAAGCAUAUUGUUGGGCAAUCAAGGUAUUACAAAGUUGUGGAUAUGAGUUGGUUCUGUUGUGGAAAUGAAGAGCGAUUAUUGAGGAUUAAUAUGGAGGAGGAAAUUUGGAUCAAAAAGCAGGGCAAACAAGUGGAUAUUUCACAGUUUCGUGCACAACUUGAUGUGUUGGGCCUAAAAAUAAUUCAAGUGACUGCAGAUGGUAAUUGUUUCUUCAGAGCUCUUGCUGAUCAACUAGAAGGCAAUGAAGAGGAGCAUGCGAAAUAUCGCAGUAUGGUGGUACAAUAUAUUUUGAGGAAUCGAGAAAUGUUUGAGCCAUUUAUUGAGGAUGAGGUCCCAUUUGACGACUACUGCCUAAACAUGGAGAAGGAUGGUACUUGGGCUGGACAUAUGGAAUUGCAAGCUGCUUCUCUUGUAACACGCAGUAACAUAUGCAUUCACAGGAGUAUGUCGCCUCGCUGGUACAUAAGGAACUUUGAAGAUCAAUGUUUUCAUAUGGUUCAUUUAUCAUAUCAUGAUGGUGAGCAUUACAAUAGCGUGCGAUCGAAGGAAGAUUCCUGUGAGGGACCAGCUAGACCUAUCACAAUUAAGGUUGAUGCUGAUCUUACCAAGAAAUCUGAUCAAACAAAAGCUGCGGAGAACAAGUGGAAAGGGGGAGCUGGCAGGAACAUUAUAGAUGCUGGAUCCAUCAAAUUGGUUAUUGCUGGAACAGGUUGUGCUAAUGCUGAAAAAGUUGAAGAGGUUUUACUACAGGUAGAUGGUGAUGUGGAUGCUGCCAUAGAGUUUUUGGUAGCAGAACAAGGAACAGAAGAGUGUUCAGUGCGACCUGAUUCACUUUCCAAUGCUGCAGAUAAUUCUCCUUGUAAUGGCUGGGGUGAAGAUAAACAAGCAAUAGAAGUGGAGAAGACGUAUAGACAGGAUGUGGCUAGCAGUAGCAAUAAUCUUGCUCAUGAAAACAUUAGUUCCCUACCAGAUGAUAAGAAGAUCUCUAGAAACCAGCUCUGUCCAUGUGGUUCGAAAAAGAAGUAUAAAGCUUGUUGUGGAACAGUCAGUGCGAAGGCCUCUAAUAAGUUUGUAAUUAGUCAAACUAUGGACUCUAGAAAGGGUAGAAGAGAGAGGAAGCAUGGCAAGAAAGGAGCAAGCAUAAAAGUUGUAUCAGCCUGCGGCCCUAGUGGAGGGCCUCCUGACAUGGGUGCACUCUGUAUUUGAUCUGUUAUCCGUAAUCUCAAAGUCUUACCACCUAACAGGAUCUCAUCGCUCAUUCCCUUAGUUUCUGCCAUGAACCCUGAAACCGAAAGAGCUUAUUAAUAAGCGAGGAACUUUGCAUCCCAAACAUGAACUUGGGACAGUGUAAAAAAGUUGGAAGGGAAAAAAAUCAACUCUCAGAGCAUGCUCAGUCCAUGAAUUCUCCAUUGCUUUCUAAAGUAAGGAUACUUUUUGUGCUGGUUUUUUGAGUGAUUUCUUGUUCUUUUGUUGAUUUUUUUAGACGAGUCCCUUCAAGACAGGAGUGAAAGAGGGCAAAGCUGAGGGAAAGGAAAAAGAUAGAUCAGUACAAGUGUUUGUUUUGGUUAAAAUAGAUGAAAACUACAUGGGGAGAGAGCUUCUAGUUAGACUUUGAGUUGCCUGUGAGUGAAUAUACGAAUAUAAGCACAUAAUUGUUAUUAAAUCGGCAUUUAUCAAUUUUAUUGGUUUGGAGAUUUACCUCA